AUGCAUAAGGAUGCCCACAAGUUCGUUUCACAAUGUGAUAGGUGCCAAAGGAGUGGUGGCAUAACCAAGUGUGAUGAAAUGCCUCAACAAAAUAUCUUGGAAGUUGAGCCCUUUGACGUUUGGGGGGUGGACUUUAUGGGGCCUUUCGUUUCUUCUCGUGUAAAUCUAUAUAUAUUGGUAGCGGCUGAUUAUGUGACAAAAUGGAUUGAAGCCAUACCCUCACCUACCAAUGAUCACAAGGUUGUUCUUAAGCUUCUUAAGAAGAUCAUUUUUCCUACGUUUGGGGUUCCAAGAAUGCUAAUUAGUGAUGGAGGCUCCCAUUUCGCCAAAAAGCAAUUUGAAGCUCUUCUCAAGAGGUAUGGCGUUCAUCACAAGGUUGGAUUACCUUACCACCCUCAAACUCAAGGACAAGUGGAGGUCUUGAAUCGUGAAAUGAAGAAUCUAUUUGAAAGGAUGGUGAACAAAUCAAGGAAAGAUAGGUCUCUCAAGCUUGAUGACACACUAUGGGCUCUUAGGACGGCGUACAAGACUUUAAUCGACAUAACCCCCUAUAGGUUGGUCUAUGGAAAGGCUUGUCACUUGCCGGUUGAGUUAGAAUACAAGGCUUGGUGGGCCAUCAAAGAACUCAAUAUGGAUUUAUCGUUGGCCGGUGAGAAGAGAUUUCUUAAGCUCAAUGAACUUGAAGAGCUUAGAGAUGAUGCUUAUGAGAGUCCAGAUUGUAUAAGGAGACGACCAAAAAGUGGCAUGACCAACAUAUUCAAAACAAGAGCUUUAAGGUUGAGACAAGGUUUUUCUUUUCAACUCAAGGCUUCGUUUAAUUCCGGGUAA